CGGAGCUCGGCGUGUCCACCAGCCUCAUUUCACCGUGCUGUACCCCGACCUCUGAGCGCUCCGGGGCGGCUGUCUGCGCCGACACUUGAUGGGACGAAGGUGGACCUUCCCCGGCUGGGAUUUAACCCUCUCCUCCCUCCUCCACUCUCGGCUGCGGAGGAGCUGAACGGUCAGUAAUUAUUUCAGCCUAGUUUGGGAGCAUUUUUCCGCUCUGGUGUGUUUGGUGAUGCCUCCAGACUGGAGCCGCUCCGGGACGCACCCAAACCCGACAGGUGCACCUGUUAAACAGGACCAAAGACUAUGUGAAAGCUGGCUGCGCGCAGAGAUGAAGGAAAACUGAAUCUUUUUGUGGCAGUUUGCAGUUUGUAUUUUUUUUUGACUAAUUAUCAGAAACCAGAGAUGGAUCGAUCAUUUUGGAAAACGCAGCAGUUUGAUGUCACGGGUUAGACAGAGCCACACGAUGCUGCUUCCAUUCUCGAGGUUACUGUGUUUGUGGCUGUGCAGCGAGGUCGUCUCGAGUCAGCUCAACAGGCAGAAAACAAAGACGACUUUCAGCCCUCAUUAUGAAUCCACCGCCGCUGAUCGGAAUGCGCAGAGCCGGAGAUGGCGCACAGUCAUCGGGGAGGACAAUGGGGGGACGCGCGGGGCCAUUGCGCAGGCCUCGAGGCUGGAUACUGUAAACGCGUCUUCCCCUGACCUGCUGGGGACACAGAUACCCCGGCGCGCUGUGCGUAAAGGCGACGCGCAAAAUGGAGCGCGGCGCGACCGACGGGUACCCCCAGAUGGAGCUUUACGCACGAAUGUAAAUGAGGCCGGUGAGACGCGUAGUGGUGGAUGCAGCCCGGGAGAGGUGCUUAAACAAACCCCGCAUGGACGCACGUGUAGCCUCGGGAGAACCGGGCACACCCGGCGGCGGAGACGCAGCGCAAAACCCGGCCGGAGGAAGCGGAGCGAGCCGCUGCAGGACGGAGCCGCCAUGGCGCAGGAACAAGAGCCCGGACCCCCCUUCGGAUUCAACACCAGCGACUACGAGGAGGAGUACUCUCUGCCGGACUUCCCCGACUCCACGCCGCUCGUGCCGGUGGACCCGCGGACCAGACGGAAGCAGGUGAAGAACCCGUUCUACCCGCUCACCGCAGAGUCGUACGGUGCGUACGCGAUCAUGCUCACCGCCGCCGUCAUCUUCAGCGUGGGCAUCAUCGGGAACGUGUCGCUCAUGUGCAUCGUGUGUCACAACUACUACAUGAGGAGCAUCUCCAACUCGCUGCUGGCCAACCUCGCGCUCUGGGAUUUCGUCAUCAUCUUCUUCUGCCUGCCGCUCGUGGUGUUCCACGAGCUCACCAAGGACUGGCUGCUGGGGGAGUUCUCGUGCAGGAUCAUCCCCUACCUGGAGGUGGCUUCUCUCGGGGUCACGACCUUCACACUUUGCGCUCUGUGCAUCGACCGUUUUCGUGCUGCCACCAACGUGCAGAUGUACUACGAGAUGAUUGAGAACUGGGCGUCCACCACGGCCAAGCUUGCCGUCAUCUGGGUGGGCGCUCUGCUGCUGGCGCUGCCUGAGCUGCUGAUCCGACAGCUGGUCACAGAGGACAGCGACCCGCCCGACGUGACGCCAUGCGAGCGCUGUGUGAUCCGGAUCUCCACUGACCUCCCGGACACGCUGUACGUCCUGGGACUCACCUACGAUGGUGCUCGCCUCUGGUGGUACUUCGGCUGCUACUUCUGCCUGCCGACGCUGUUCACCAUUUGUAGCUCGCUGUUUACUGCCCGCAAGAUCCGCCACGCGGAGCGGGCCUGCGUCCGUGGCACCAAGAAGCAGAUCCAGCUGGAGAGUCAGAUGAACUGCGCCGUGGUGGCGUUGGCGAUCCUCUACGGCUUCUGCAUCAUUCCAGAGAACAUCUGUAACAUCAUCACCGUGUACAUGGCGGCCGGCGUUCCCAGGAGAACCCUGGACAUCCUGCAGCUGGUCAGCCAGAUGCUGCUCUUCUGUAAGUCCGCUGUGACGCCGAUACUGCUGUUCAGCCUGUGCCAGCCGUUCACCAGAGCCUUCCUGGACUGUUGCUGCUGCUGCUGCGACGAGUGUGGCCCGCCCCGCUCUUCCAUCGCUGCCACCAGCGACGUCGACAACGAAUGCACCACCACUGAGUUGGAACUGUCGCCAUUCAGCACCAUCCGCAGAGAGGCGUCCACCUCCUACAGCGCUGUGGGGACACACUGCUGAGGACAGAGAUCACCAGUGUCAGGUGGAUCUUCCUCUGGGUCGUUCCUCUGAUGUCAUCGGAAGUUUGGUCGGUGGACGCGUCGACAUAUCAGGCUGUCAAUUCCUGAGUUUUUUUUUUUUUAAAACUGUUGAACACGUUUGUGUUUACUGACGGACGGACUGAAGACGUCACUGUCUGUCAAUUCACUGUUUACAGAGUUUAUAUAUGAAAGAACACAGUCUGUGUUAGUUAAUAGCAUUUAUGUGUUUAGUUCUUUUUAAUUAACUCACCAGUAUUUUUGCUGAAUCUGCACUCGGCCUGACUUUUUGUUCAUUUUCACUGUGUUGUACAGAAGCUGAGAGCAGACGUGGAUCCUCAGCACAGCGUAGACUAUGAGCCCGUUCACACCUGGUAUUAACGUGUUUCUGUGAUCUGAACACAAGUGAACAGCUGAGACACAUCGCCGUCCACACCUGUGUCUAUGAUGUGUCUCCAGUUGACCACUUGUGUUCAGAUUUCAUUGCAUCACUUACUGUAGAAGGUCAAAGGGCAUCGCACACAGUUAUUAUUAUGUCCAUUCUCUGGCUAGCUACUUGCUAGCAUGCUAGCUAGUCACGUUAGCAGUUGUGUCGGUUUCUCCCUCCAUAGGGCAGAACCUCAACAAAUUCAUCAUAUCAUCAGUUCAUCACAUCUACGUUUCCGGCGCUGUCUCAGGCAGCAGCCUGCUAGAGUUGCUCUUCGUCGUCUUGUGCUGGCACACUGUCACCAAAACAACCAUCACACCCUGCAGUGAUGACGUAGUCCUCGUCAGUGAAGCAUCGGGACACAUAAGUGUUUACACUGCAAAAGAUCCAUAGACAAAUGCAUCUAAAACCACCUCGUCAAGUGGUUUGAGUGAUCGGAUCACAAUGCAUCUUGGUGGUUGUUCACACUUGUGUUUAGAGCUCUACACUUGUGAUCAGAUCACCCAAACCACAUGUUGAUACCAGGUCUAAACAGGCUCAAUGUCCUGAGCCUGAAACAUGUGGUUUCCAAUCUUGACGUAUGUGAUAGUUGGUAACGCUUUAUUUUACGUGUCUAUUGUUUCAAUUCAAUUUCCUUGGAAAAAAACAGAUUAGUUUGUUUUAGUUAGUUGUGUUGAAUUUAUAAGCAAUUGUUAGCUUUCCUGUAAAGAACCGCCUGAUUUAAAGCCAAACUAUUAUUAUUCUUCAUCAGAAACUUUAACCCUCCAUAUACUGCAUGUUGAACUGUAUGUUUUCCUGUACACAUUUUGUAUGUUCAGCUGAAAUGUUGCGAACUCACUAAAAGACUUCCUGUGCUACGCUAGCAGUUACUUGGAAUUCAUCAAUUAAUUGGGCAAUUAAUUAGUGCCACAGUUCUUUUCAAGGAAAUUGUGGACCCCUAAAUUAAAGUGUUACAUUAAAGGGAUUGUUUGGAUAGUAUUUUUGAAGUGAGGUUGGAUGAGGAACUUCUCCACAGUCAGUGUAUUACAUACAGUAGAUAUCAGUCGGCAAGCCCACAGUUUGGGGAAGCAGACAAGAUUACCACCACGGAUGUUAAGCAAUGUACUGCUGCGGACGGGGGCAGCAGCAAGAUGUAUUUUAGCCACCUAAAAAAAAAAUCAGUAUCAGUUUAAGUGUAUGCUGUACUGAGAGUAUUUCACUGCUUUGCCUUGCCGCAGUCAGUCCAUUCCUACGGGGAAGCUAUUAACAGUUUCUCAUCUUUGCUUUAACUAGUCCAUACCCAUUGGUAGCUUUGUCACCUUCUACCUAUGCCAGUCCUCAAUGCCUAUGUGCAGUUUCACAUAGAUUGACCACGUCAGUGAGUAGAAAAACGUGGGACAGACAGAAUGACUGACUGACAGAAUGACACACUGACAGUUUCCGUGAUUAUGUACAGCAUACCAUACCAUGACUUAGUCAUACCAAACAUUAGAAACAACACCAACAUUGGUCCACAGGGGGAGCCACAGCGAUCGGUCGCAUUUUAGCCAUUUUGAAGCAUUUUUCUGUUGUUAUAGCGCCACCCAGUUGCCAAUUAGAGUUAAAUUUCUCCAGUCACCUUGAGGCGUCCUGUUCUACAUAUCUACCAAGUUUAGUAAAAAUCCAUAUGGCGGUUAGGCCUAGAUAAGAAAUGAGCUCUCUAGCGCCCCCAUUUUGUUUGAUGGGCUCAAUAAUGGAGGGGUCCCCUCAGAUUAUGUGUGGUCAUAUGCCUACAAAGUUGCGUGGUGAUGGGUGAAACCCUUGAGAUGUUAUACACCUUUAUGUGAUGAGCCACGGCCUCCGCAAUAUUCAUUGCCUUAUAGAAGCUCAGUUUUAGGAAGUUUUCCAACUUUUGCCAAGAGGGAACUUUAGAUAUUGCUCCCUAGAUUAUGUUCACCCAGUUUCAUGCAGAUCGCUCAAACUUCCUAGGAAGAGAUCCAUUUGAAGUGUUUUUCAAAAAAUUCAAAAUGGUGGAAAAUCUAUAUAAGCGGAAGUUAUGGGUUCUUGAGGCAAAUGUGUUCCUCAUGAGGAGAGGCAUCUCUGUGCAAAGUUUCAUGUCUCUACCACAUAUGGGGCAUGAGAUAUGCCCAUUCAAAGUUUGACAUUUCAAUCGGUUGCUAUAGCGCCCCCCUUUGGCCAAUUGAUGUAAUAUUGCUUCAUUGGCAUCCUCCCAUGACCCUCUACCACUGUGCCAAAUUUCACAUGGAUUGACCAAGUCAGUGAGGAGAAAAACCUGGAACAGACACACACAGACAGAGUUUUCGUCAUUAUAUAGCAAGAUGAAGCCACCAGACUCCCUUGAGGAAAGCAGAAAUUUUAGCUUGCUGGUCUACCCCUGCCUCAGUCAGUUAGUUUGUGUUAUUGUGUUACUUACACUAAACGAACUGUUUUAAACAUCAAAGCCACACAAUAACACAAACUAACCAACUGAUCAAGGCGGCUGUAGACCAGCAGCUCCUGUGUUCAUCCAUCCAUCUUCAUCCACUUAUCCGCGUCCAGGUCACGGGGGCAGCAGGUCAAGCAAAGCACCCCAGACGUCCCUCUCUCCAGUGUUGCUUUCCAGCUCCUCCUGGGGGACUCCAAGGUGUUCCCAGGCCAGACAAGAUAUAUAAUCCCCCCAGUGUGUUCUGUGUUCUCUACGUCCCAACCGUCACCUAUGGUCAUGAGCUCUGGGUAGUGACUGAAAGAAUGAGAUCACAGAUACAAGCGGCUGAAAUGAGUUUCCUCUGUAGGGUGUCUGGGCUCAGCCUUAGAGAUAGGGGGAGGAAUCAGACAUCCGGAGGGAGCUCGGAGUAGAGCCGCUGCUCCUUCACGUUGAAAGGGGUCAGUUGAGGUGGUUUGGGCAUCUGAUCAGGAUCCUCCUGGGCGCCUCCUGUUAGAGGUGUUCUGUUCAGUGAUUUUAAAUCACCAUUUUUCUCAACAGCCGAUUUAACAGCCUCAGUUUCUUGAUUCUUGGCGUCGCUGUUUGUGGCAAUGUAAAGCAGUGAAAAUAUAUAGCGUGCACUUAAACUAAUAUUGAUUUUUUUAGGUGGCUAAAAUACAUUUUGCAGCUGCCUCUCAUCCACAGCAGUACAUUCCUUAUCUUUCAUGUUGACUCCAGCCUGCUUCUCCAAACUGAGGGGUGUGCCAACUGACAUCUACUGUAUAUAUAUUACACUGACUGUGCAUGAGAUUCUCAUACAACCCCACCUAAAAGUCCAAACUAUCCUUUUAAAUUAUUGUUUUGGGUAAAUAAGCAUAAAUCGUUACCAUGAACCACGGCUGCUUUCAGCUCCUGUUCUUUUGUUCUUUUGGAUGUUGCUUUCUUUCUGUGAGUGAGUCAGUGGGACGUACAGUAAUAUAUUGAAAAUGGCUGUUGAUGCUGUGUUGUGUUUGCUGAUGAUGCACUCUGAGUUACUGUUUUUUUUA